AUGGCAAACGUAGCAUUGAUAUUCACAGUGUUGAACAUAUUGGUUGGCAUACUGAUCGUUGCCUCUGGAAUCUAUUACUUUGUGGCAACAGACUUUUGGCACUUUGUAACAAACUUUGUCAUUGGAGUCUAUUAUAUCUUCUUUGGUAUAAUGAUCGUCAUUCUAGAGAUAGUCUUCCCCGCCAGGAUUCUUGCUCUAUUCGGAUUCUACACCUAUUGGAUUGGCAAGGGUCUAUUCUUUAUCUUUUUGGGAUUGUUGAUCAUUAGAGACAGUGGAUUCCUGUUGUUCUCUGGAAUUGUUGUGUUGGCUGUUGGACUCAUUCUUUGUAUCAUUCAGUUCAUCUCUGCAGUGAGCAAGCCACGUCCAUUGGCCAGUCCAAAGGAUGGUGGACAAGCACAUUCCACAGCAUAG